AUGGCGCCAAACUCAAUUCGCGCGCCGCUGCUGGUGGCCGCCCUAAUGGCGGUGGCCGUCGCCGCCACCUCCCGGACCGUCAGCCCCCUCAGGGACAUUGACGUCUGCGUGCUGUACAACGACACGCAGUGUGUAGAGCACGUCGACAAGUGCGUGCCGUGCCACGCCUGGGGCAAGGUGGACUUCUGCUUCGAAACGAAGAUCGCCGCCAAGCUGCCGGCCAAGUUCUUCAAGUGCGACUUCCCGACGCCACCGCCGGCGCAGCCCAAUGUGGACUGCCAGAGCUAUCUGGACGAGGUGUCGUGCGAUGACUCGCCCAACUACUGCGUGUGGUGCAUGUCUGCGGCGGUGCCAAGCGCCUGCUACUCCGAGGAGGAGGCCAAGCGCCUGCCGGCCGCCGUCUUCAAGUGCAACUUCCCUGGCCUGGCUGCCAAGCAGUGA